CAGUGUCCUCAGGAAGCACAGAGACGCGAGGGGCGAGUGGAGGACUCCCUCACAGGCCCGCGUAGGAUAUGCUGACAGGUGGAGAGACGGCCAGACGGUUGUGCGACUGCUCUAGGAACGCAAUUCAAGAGAGAAGAGUGUGUGCCGUAUUUGAUUCAUGAAGUUUCAUGAGUGAUCAAGAUAUGACAAAGAAAUAGAGAAUGACAGUGCUGUGUUGAGUUUACUAUAGACUGCAGUACAUGAUUCGCGUGACUUUUAGCAUGGCGCAUAAUGUUGAAAUAUGCCUGUGGGCGUUGGUGCUGUUCAGUUCAGCAGCUGCUGCCAGCCGGGGUCAGCCGCACAUCGUCCUCAUAGUCGCCGAUGACCUUGGUUGGAACGACGUGUCAUGGCACAACCCUCACGUAGUCACGCCCCACCUGGAGGAACUAGCCAAGGGCGGGGUCAUCCUGGAGCAGUCCUACGUGCAGCCUAUCUGUACUCCUACGCGCUCCGCCCUCCUCACUGGCCGCUACCCGUUCACGCUCGGGAGACAGCAUUCAGUACUGAAGGACAACGAACCUACGGGACUUACUCUCGACGCCACACUCCUGCCACAGGCCCUGAAGAAAGUUGGGUACUCCACGCACGCCGUUGGCAAAUGGCACUUGGGUUUCUGCUCUUGGGACUACACCCCAACUAAACGAGGGUUCGAUAGCUUCUACGGCUACUACAACGGAGCUGAGGACUACUUCACCCACCGCCGGGGCUACGUAGCAGACAGCGGGUGGCCGGGGAAUCCUAUGCCACGGGAAAAGAACAAGAGAGAUUACCUCGACUUGAGGAACAAUACAGAGCCAGACGGAAGCAAAGAGGGAAUCUAUUCAUCGCACUUGUUCGCGUCCUAUGUCGAGGAGCUGCUGGCGUCCCGGAGCCCCAAGACACCGAUGUUCCUGUACCUCCCCUUCCAGAGCUGCCACGCCCCCCUCAUGGUGCCCGAGAAUUACACGAAGCCCUAUCUCGACAUUCGCGACGUCGAUCGGAAGACAUACCUUGGGAUGGUGACGGCCAUGGACGAGGCGGUCGGGCGGGUGGUGGCGGCGCUCAAGUCGACGGGGCAUUAUGACAACUCCGUCAUCGUUUUCACCACUGAUAACGGCGGACCCACUAAUCACGGCGCGAAUAACUGGCCGUUAAAAGGAUACAAGGCGACCCUGUGGGAGGGCGGCACGAGGGGCGCCGCCUUCAUACACUCUCCGCUGCUGCCCAACCCUGGCACCAUUUCCCACAAAAUGAUCCACGUGACUGAUUGGUACCAGACUUUGGUUGGCUUGGCAGGGGGCGUGGCUCCGGCAGACACGGACGGCUUCGACCAAUGGGCUUCUUUGACUGGUACCGCCCCUUCUCCUCGGACGCAAUUUAUUUACAACCUUGACGACACAGAAAAAUUCAAGGCCGGAAUCAGAGUGGGUGACAUGAAGCUGUUGAUAAACCCUGGAAACGCGGGCUGGAUUCCACCCCCAGAGAUCGACCUCUCCAACCGGAAGCCACCACAUAACCAUGCGACCGUGGCUGAAACCGUUUCUUCCAGGAAAUUCAGAUCAACCGAAAAUAACAGGAAUUCUGUAUACGUAAACAGGGAUAAGUCUCAGUCUUGGAACCAUGCUAGAAGGGGUCGAUUCAGCCAAGGCCGUAAGACUUUAUUGCAGAUGAACCACGAGCUGUUGAAAAACGAGUCUACGGUCUUAGAGGAACCUUAUGAGGACUUGCAAACCGUCUUUCAGCCAAGGGAUCUUCGGGAGCAAGCAGGGGCUGGCGGCGACGUGGCUCCAGAUCAAGACAGAAGUUCUAUUUCAGAGAGUUUCGAUGACAAGAAUGAUCUUAAGCUUGACUAUUUCUUCAGGAAGGAUGUAGACUUACAGCUCUAUAAUAUUAAAGACGACCCUGACGAACGCGUUGACCUUUCCACCACCGAGAGCGACACAGUGGGAGACCUCCUGAAGACACUGCUGAAAGAGAUGUCCCGUUAUGUGGCGGCUGACAUCAAGCCCGGAGACCCAAGGGCCCAUCCGAAACACUGGAAUGACAUCUGGACUCCCGGAUGGUGCUGACAAGUGGCUUAGAAGUCAGGACGUCAGCCGCGGUGUUUGUGUGUGUGUGUGUGUGUGUGUGUGAAUAAAACAACGAAGAGAGGGGCGGGAAAGCAAAACAUAUAUCCUAUAGGCCUUUCCGUUGUACUGUUCCUUCGAGGCAGGAAGAAUCAUCACAGCAAAAAGACCUGUUUUUCCUGUUCAUCGUUUAAUUACUUUAUUUACAGUCUGUUCGGGAUAAAUCCUUCAGAUCUCGGCGUUUGCUUAGAUGUUUUGUUAAAGCUGCUUUUUUAUGAGAUCGGAGGAUAAAGGAGAGAUUUAUCUGUACCGGAGAGUAUGUGGUAAUGUUUAUGUUAGUAGGAAAAUGUGUUAGAGAAAUAUUUCUUUUUUUUAUACAAGCAUGAUAUACCUACCGAAUUAUAUGAAAUAAAUACCCAUCGCCUCUG